UCGAAUCUCAAUAACACUUGAGAGAGACCCCUUUCACAUCUCUACAUCUAUACUCAAAUGUAAACCAAUCCCACAAUUUCACUAACGGGAUCUCUCGAAAGCGUCGUCGUUUCCUGUUCACAGAAGAGUUUCAGAGGGGGGAAUCCUGUGAAAACAAUAUCAGGUUUGAGUUUAUUAAUUGCUUGGUUGACAGUGGCAUGGUUCAAGAGUAGGUUUGAAUUGUAGAAGUAGCCGGGAUAAAUAUGGGGCACGUGAAUAUGGAGUCUGGAAGCAGUGCUAUUUGUAAAGAUUUCAAGUCCUGCCCUGUUAAACCUUCCAGGGGAGCUUUAGCUUGUAUGAUAAAUUCUGAAAUAGGUGCGGUUUUGGCUGUGAUGAGGAGAAAUGUACGGUGGGGAGUCCGCUAUGUGACAGAUGAUGAUCAGCUAGAGCACACUCUUAUUCAUUCUUUGAAGGAAUUACGGAAACAAAUAUUUUUAUGGCAAAAUCAGUGGCAUACUAUUGAUCCAGCUGUAUACCUUCAGCCGUUUCUGGAUGUAAUUCAAUCUGAUGAGACUGGUGCACCAAUCACGGGUGUUGCUUUAUCGUCUGUUUAUAAAAUCUUGACACUUGAUGUGCUUGAUCUUGAUACUGUGAACGUGGGAGAUGCUAUGCAUUUAAUAGUUGAUGCUGUAACAAGCUGCCGGUUUGAAGUAACUGAUCCAGCAUCUGAAGAGGUGGUGUUGAUGAAGAUACUUCAGGUUCUUCUGGCAUGCAUGAAAAGCAAGGCAGCAGUGAAGUUGAGCAAUCAGCAUGUGUGCAAUAUAGUUAAUACAUGUUUUCGUGUAGUUCAUCAAGCAAGCUCCAAAGGUGAAUUGUUGCAACGGAUAGCACGGCAUACGAUGCAUGAAUUGGUUCGGUGUAUUUUCUCUCACCUUCAUGAUGUUGACAGCCCAGAACAGUCAUUGGUUGAUAGAAGCUGGUCAGGUGCUGGUGAAAAGGUGGGGCUGGAGAAGGAUCUCACUUUUGGAAAUAAACCGUUAGAGAAUGGCAAUGUCAGCGUAGAGAAUGAUGGUCAAUCAUCAACUGAAUAUAUGUCAAAUGCAAAUGAGAUGGAUGCAAAUAAGGUUGAGAUUAGUAGUGGGAUGGAGGCUGCUCAAAAUGGUGAGAAGAUAAUGAUGGAGCCAUUUGGAGUUCCAUGCAUGGUGGAGAUUUUUCACUUCCUUUGUUCUCUGUUGAAUGUCAUUGAAAACAUGGGAGUUGGUCCUAGACCAAAUCCAAUAGCAUAUGAUGAAGAUGUUCCACUGUUUGCUUUGGGUUUGAUUAAUUCAGCUAUAGAAUUGGGUGGGUCGUCAUUCAGUAAACACCCUACAUUAUUGGCAUUAAUUCAGGAUGAAUUGUUUCGUAAUCUGAUGCAGUUUGGUUUGUCCAUGAGCCCACUAAUUCUUUCUACAGUUUGUAGCAUUGUUCUCAAUCUUUAUCAUCAUUUGCGUACUGAGCUCAAAGCACAGCUUGAAGCUUUCUUUUCGUGUGUGCUUUUGAGGAUUGCUCAGAGUAAGCAUGGAUCUUCUUACCAACAGCAGGAGGUUGCUAUGGAGGCUUUGGUUGAUCUUUGUAGGCAGCAGACAUUCAUGACUGAGAUGUAUGCCAAUUUUGAUUGUGACAUAACCUCUGGCAAUUUGUUUGAGGACCUUGUAAACCUAUUAUCAAAAAGUGCAUUUCCAGUCAAUGGACCAUUAUCCGCAAUGCAUGUUCUUGCUCUGGAUGGUUUGAUAUCCAUGAUUCAGGGUAUGGCAGAGAGGAUGAGCAAUGAAUUGCCUGCUCCAGAAGGGGCAUCAAUAGAUCCUGAGGAAUAUAAUGCAUUCUGGAGCUUGAAAUGUGAGGAUUAUGGUGACCCUUAUUAUUGGGUUCCAUUUGUACGUAAGAUGAAGUAUAUCAAGAGAAGGUUGAUGGUUGGAGCGGAUCACUUUAACCGGGAUUCUAAGAAAGGUCUAGAAUAUCUCCAAGGAAUGCAUCUGCUACCUGAUAAACUUGACCCACAGAGUGUAGCAUUUUUCUUUAGGUACACAACUGGGUUAGAUAAGAAUCUUAUUGGGGAUUUUCUCGGGAACCACGAUGAAUUUUGUGUUCAGGUGCUUCAAGAAUUUGCUGGGACUUUUAAUUUCCAAGGCAUGACUCUAGAUACUGCAUUGCGUCUUUUCCUAGGAACUUUCAGAUUGCCUGGUGAAUCACAGAAGAUACAAAGGGUGCUUGAGGCGUUUUCUGAAAGAUAUUAUGAGCAAUCACCAGAUAUUUUGACCAAUAAAGAUGCUGCUCUCUUGUUGUCAUAUUCAAUUAUAUUGCUCAACACAGAUCAACACAAUGUACAGGUUAAGAAAAAGAUGUCUGAAGAUGAUUUCAUCAGAAACAAUCGGCAGAUCAAUGGAGGGAAAGAUCUUCCUCGAGAAUACCUUUCGGAGCUUUAUCUUUCAAUAUGUGAGAAUGAAAUCCUGAUGAUCCCAGACCAAGGUGUUGGUUUUCCAGCAAUGACAUCUAGCCGUUGGAUAAAUGUAAUGCAUAAAUCCAAAGAAACCACUCCUUUCAUCAUGUGUGAUUCAACUGCGUUCCUCGACCAUGAUAUGUUUGCGAUCUUGUCAGGUCCCACAAUUGCUGCAAUGUCAGUGGUUUUUGAACAAGUGGAGCAGGAAGAUAUAUUGCAGAGAUGCAUUGAUGGAUUCUUGGCCAUUGCCAAAAUUUCAACAUGCUGUCAUUUUGGUGGUGUCUUGGAUGAUUUAGUUCUGUGCCUCUGUAGAUUCACAGCCCUCCUGAAUCCGUUAUCUGUUGAAGAAGCUGUUCUUGCCUUUGGAGAUGACACCAAAGCCAGGAUGGCAAUGACAACAGUUUUUACAAUAGCAAACAGGUAUGGUGAUUACAUCCACUGUGGCUGGAAAAAUAUUUUGGAUUGUGUCUUAAGCUUGCACAAGCUUGGUCUUCUACCUGCUCGUCUAGCUAGAGAUGCAGCUGAUGAUAUGGAGCCAUCCUCCGAUGUGGAGCAGGGUAAACCUGCCACUGGUUCUUUAUCAACAUCGCAUGUAACACCUCUGGCCACUUCGCGGAAGUCAUCUGGUUUGAUUGGUCGCUUCAGUCAACUCUUAUCAUUUGAUAUUGAGGAGCCAACGUUGCAGCCAAGUGAGGAAGAAAUUGCAGCUAAGCAGCGAACUCAUGAGAUAAUACAGAAUUGCCACAUUGAUAGCAUAUUUACGGAGAGUAAGUUUCUCCAAGCUGAGUCUUUAAUGGAGCUUGUAAAGGCUCUUAUUUUGGCUGCCGGCCGACUCCAUAAGGGAAGUAUCUCCAUGGAAGAUGAAGACACGGGUGUGUUUUGCCUGGAAUUGCUGAUUGCAAUUACACUGAAUAAUCGGGAUAGAAUUAUGCUUAUCUGGCAGGGUGUUUAUGAGCACAUAGCCAGUAUUGUUCAGUCAACUGUAAUGCCAUGCAAGCUGGUAGAGAAAGCUGUGUUUGGGCUCCUAAGGAUAUGCCAGCGACUUCUUCCCUAUAAGGAAAACCUGACUGACGAACUCCUUAAGUCACUCCAUCUAAUACUGAAACUUGAUGCCAGGGUUGCUGAUGCCUAUUGUGAGCACAUUACACAGGAAGUUAUGCGCCUUGUAAAAGCAAAUGCAACUCACAUCAGAUCUCAUGCAGGGUGGCGCACAAUCAUUUCCCUUCUAUCUAUCACAGCCCGACAUCCUGAAGCAUCAGAAGCAGGAUUUGAAGCACUAGCUUUUAUCAUGUCUGACGGGGUGCACUUGUUGCCAUCGAAUUAUAUUCUGUGUGUGGAUGCAGCAAGACAAUUUGCUGAGUCUCGGGUUGGUGAGGUUGACAGGUCUGUUUCUGCCCUAGAUUUGAUGGGAGGCUCUGUUGUUUGUCUUGUAAGAUGGUCUACUGAGACAAAGAACACAGUGGGAGAGGAGGCUGCUUUGAAGUUGAGCCAAGACAUUGGGGAGAUGUGGCUGAGGCUGGUUCAGGGACUGAAGAAAGUGUCUUUGGACCAGAGAGAAGAGGUGAGGAACCAUGCUGUUCUGGUGUUGCAGAGAUCUCUGGCAGCAGUAGAUGGGAUUCACCUUCCAAAUGCCUUGUGGUUCCAGUGCUUUGAUAUGGCCAUAUUCACAUUGCUCGAUGAUUUAUUAGAAAUUGCUCAAGCUAACUCUCCAAAGGAUUACAGAAACAUUGAUGGAACACUAGUUCUAGCCAUGAAACUAAUGUCGAAAGCAUUCUUACAGUCACUGCAGGAUCUCUCACAGCAACCAUCUUUCUGCAAAUUAUGGCUUGGGGUUCUUAAUCAUAUGGAGGGAUAUAUGAAACUAAGACUCCGGGGAAAGCGAUCUGAGAAUAUUCAUGAAUUAGUUCCCGAGCUUCUGAAGAACAAUCUGCUGGUGAUGAAGACUGCUGGCAUUCUUUUGCCCACUGAUGAUAUUGGUGGGGACAGCUUUUGGCAGCUGACAUGGUUGCAUGUGAAGAAAAUAGCCCCAUCCUUGCUAUCGGAAGUUUUCCCUGAUCAUGAAGUGGAGCAAUUGAAAGCAAAACACAUAAAAGCCGGGGAAGGUCCUGCACCUGAUGGAUCCGAAGUUGUUCAAUCAGGUGAGAGUACAGAAAGCAGAUAAAAUUUGUGCAGAGAAUUUUCUAUCAUUUUGCUUGGGAAAUGUAGAUUGCCUCGAUGAUAUUCAUCUGUACCAGUUAAACUCCAGUCGACUGUCUGUCGAUGUUUACAUCUGCAAAUAUCCACCCUUCACCAACCAAAGAUUUGUUGAAUAGAUUCAAGCCAUUAAGAAGGAUUGCCAAAGCAAAAACACAAAGACCAAGUUUAAUAGUUUGAGCAUCUCAGUUUUCCUGGAGUCGCUGCUGCAUUUUUCCACUCUUUGAAAGGAGUGAUCCCCAUUAGAGAGAUUUGUUCUUCAAGGGAUCGAAGUAGACCCCUCCUUAAAUUUUGUACUUUUGUUACUAAUCUUUAUACCAAAAACAUAAAUUUCACCAUAUCUUUGUAUACUUGGUGUCAUAUACUCUAUGAUAAUACAGUGUUUUUAGGACACUUUAUGGAGAGAAAAAUAUCACUAGGCGAGAUGAUUAUUGGUAGAAAACAAUUGUGUUAUUCUUUAGACAUAUUUGAUGCCUUUUAUAUAGUAUUGUUUUCCUCAUUAAA